ACGCUGAAGACUUGGAUUAUACAGGUGACUGGUUCCAGUGUGGUUUAUGUGGGAUGAAAUUGUCGGACAUUGAAAGCUACGUAACCCACAUGGUGUUGAAGGAGCAAUGUGUUCUCCAUCUCUGUCCGUCAAUUACUGUGAGAGAUCUUCUCUUGCCGAGGUUUUCAAAAAAAAAAUUAAGAGAAGAGGCAGAAGAGGUUGACAUCAAACAAGUGAAGCAGUUGAUUCCUGGUAUGGAAAAGCAGGGAUUACAUGAAAUGAAGAAUGAUGAUGUUGAAGUCAUAGUGCAGGCAACUGAGAUUGAAACAGGAGGCAAGAAGAGAUGGAAAUGUCAUAUCUGUGGGCUGACCUUCUCAAGGCAAGCUGCCAUUGCUAAUCAUCAUGAGUUGCAGCACAGAGGAUCAGUUGGGAAGAAACCAGGAGCUGAAAUAACUGGGGAUGAAUACAGAGAAAUGCAUGUGAAGAAGGAAGCUGCUCCUGAUUCCAAAAUUCCAGUCAAACACAUAGUUGCUGUUCAGUCAGAGCUACAGGUUAAACAUUUGGCAGAUGAGCUUGCAUACAGAGAGGAAGAGUGGACCAAGCCAACGUGCGAACUCUGUGGCCAAACGUUUAAGACGGGUAAAAUUCUAAGAGCACACAAUACCAUAGUUCACAGUCAUGGCCGACCAUUUCAUUGUGACUUUGAUGGAUGCUCUCAGAGUUUCAAGACCAAAGGAUCAUUAACAAGACAUCUGAGAAGACACACAGGGGAGAGACCAUUUUCAUGCCAAGAUUGUGGCCGUUGUUUUCGAGAGUCUGGAUCCCUUGCGAGGCACCAGCAAUCCAGAGUGUCAUGUGUAGAUAAGAAGGACUCCCAACUACCUCUGUAUGGCAAGACCAAACCCAUAGAUUCCUCACAUUUAGAGAGAAAACCUACAGUCCAUCAAAUGAAACUUAACAGCAUUUUGAAGGAAGAAAAUUUUGGUGGAUCAGGUGAUGGAGAUGAUGAAGCCAUCAGUAAUAAGAUUUCAGAAGAGUCAAAGUUGUCUGUUAGAGCUGGUGUCAUGGCUUCAAAGUCUUCAGGGGCACCAGUAAUAAAACAGGAGGAGAACUCCCUGAACCAUUUGCGGCAUAACAACACAAUAGAUGUUAGUAGAACUCUGGUUUCAUGCAAGAUAGAGCAUAAUGCCAUGUCAUCCUUAUUGGAGGAAGAAGAGCUGGACAAUGAUCUCAUUACGGAACAUGCAGAUGACAUAGAAACAAAACUCAGUGAUAUAAAGCCACCACAGCUGAGUCUUGAUAUUAUGCGAAAGUCUUUUACAUGCCCAAUUUGCUGCAGAAGUUACUCAAGAAAGUCAACUCUGAUGCUUCACAUGAAAAAUCAUCUAGAUCAGCUGGGUGAGCAGUGCAGUCAGUGUGGGAAAAACUUUGCUAAUCAGCAGAGUCUCUCAAGGCACUUGGUGUCUCACUCCUCUGUGAGACAGUAUGUGUGUCAGUUAUGCAAUAAAGCCUUCAAGCUCCUGAGCCAUGCUAAAGGCCACCUUCAUUCACAUAGCACCAGCAAAACUGUGCCUUGUAGAUACUGCAAUAGUUUCUUUAAAACUGUAAGUGCAAGGAACACACAUGAGCGGACCCACAGUAAUGCAAGAACCUUUGUGUGUUUAGAAUGUCAGAAAUCAUUUGUCACAAAAGCUUCUUUGAUAAGACAUCUGAGAAUCCACACAGGAGAAGCCCCGUUCCAGUGUCAAUAUUGUGGUAGAUGUUUUAAAGAACAUGGUACUCUGAGCAGGCAUCUUAAACAUAAAAUGCCAUGUGCUCAACAGUCAAGAUUAGAGAAGGACUCUGGUGAUUUAGGGAUUCGAAUAUUCCCAGGCAAUACACCAAGGAACUUUGAAGUGGAAAUUAACAGAAAUAAUGAAGACCAGAAGUCAGAGGGAGCACCAAGUGAGUUGUUAGAGGAUACAGCCUCCCUUAGAUCCUCUGUUUUUGAGGAUGAGGAUGAAGAAUCAAAUACACAUUUCUUGUUGUUGAAGAAUAACUAUGUGGCAAGUAGUCGUCGUGGAAGUAUUGAGGAAGCAGAUUUAGAGCCCCUUUCAACUGACAUUCUCCAACCUCCUGAUGCAGUUGAUUCUCAUGGACCAGGUGUAGUUGUAGAAGAAGUCAAAGGAGAUGAAGCAUCGUACAUUAUUAUAUCUGGAGAUAACUCGCCUCUGAUGACGCUAGCUGUUGACUCAACGGAUGAAUUUUAGUAGUUAAGAAAUGAAUCUAAGAUAACUGUAACAAUUGGAAAGUUCGUUCUCUUGCCGAUUCUCUUGGAGAAAAUAAAUAGUUGUUAAUACUUUUGUUAUCAAUUUUUUUCUUUUAUAUAUUCAUUCAUUGAUGGCAAUCAUUAUUCCAUAAACAGAGAUUUAUUUUGUAUACCCGAGUUAAUUUUAUUGUAUAGAAAAUAUAUUGAUGUAUGCACUGA